AUGACGGAAAACCUGUUCACAGUUAAUCUACAUGUUUUGCUGGGUUUGACAGGGAAUAUCGUGACGAGUAGCGUAUGCGAAGAGACUGGUAGAACGAAAAAUAUCCCGAAUAAAGGAGACAGACAGAAAGACCUAAAGAACAGAGGAGAUAGACGGAAAGACCUAACGAACAGAGGAGACAGACGGAAAGACCUAAAGGACAGAGAGGACAGAAGGAAAGACUUGACGAACAGAGGAGACAGACGGAAAGACCUAACGAACAAAGGAGACAGACGGAAAGACCUAAAGAACAGAGGAGACAGACGGAAAGACCUAAAGAACAGAGGAGACAGACGGAAAGACCUAAAGAACAGAGGAGACAGACGGAAAGACCUAAAGAACAGAGGAGACAGACGGAAAGACCUAAAGAACAGAGGAGACAGACGGAAAGACCUAAAGAACAGAGGAGACAGACGGAAAGACCUAAAGAACAGAGGAGACAGACGGAAAGACCUAAAGAACAGAGGAGACAGACGGAAAGACCUAAAGAACAGAGGAGACAGACGGAAAGACCUAAAGAACAGAGGAGACAGACGGAAAGACCUAAAGAACAGAGGAGACAGACGGAAAGACCUAAAGAACAGAGGAGACAGACGGAAAGACCUAAAGAACAGAGAAACCAGAGGGAAAGACCUAAAAAAACAAAGGAGACAGACGGAAAGACCUAAAGAACAGAGGAGACAGACGGAGAGACCUAAAGAACAGAGGAGACAGACGGAAAGACCUAAAGAACAGAGGAACCAGAGGGAAAGACCUAACGAACAGAGGAGACAGACGAAAUGA